AUGCCAAUAUCGAACCUACUCAGCAGUCAUCAUGACAAGAAUAUUCGUGAACUGUCCACCCAGCUCCACAAAAGACAUAUACAAAAUUCAACCGCAGAGUCUCAGGAUGACGUAAAUUCUAUAAAGACCUCUGUCUCCACCACACAUAGGGUCAAUGAAACGGCCUACGCAAACAUGCUCAGGGACGAAGCCCAGAUGGAAAUGAGAUACAACAUCGCCGUCAGUGCGGCAAACUGGGCUCUAUUAGCCGGAUAUCUUGUCAUUCCAGGUACUUUUACUUCGUUGCAAAAUUCUAGCCAAAUCGAGGAGACCCUUAGCGGCAACAAGGCCGGUCAAGCAGUUUUAAAUACCAUACAAAACCCUCCUCUGCUCGCCAUUGCCUUUCUGUUCUUUGUGGGUGCAAUCACGGGUAUUUUACUGUUACUAUGA